CAAAAAUGACAUUUUAAUAAACUUGUGUUUUCUGGUUAUUUUGUAACUGCAGAAUUGUUUUUAAUCUUUUAGGUAUAUUUAAAUUAGGUACAUAAUGUUUAAAUUACUUAGUAGACAUGGACGUCGAAGCGGUAUAGUCAGUUUAUUCUGUGAGAAGAACAUUGAGGUUAGAAGAGCGAGAGUAUAUUACUUCUAUUCUUCAGCUAGUUCAGCGCGUUUCGCUUCUACCGGUAGUGAUGUCGGUAAAACUACGCCGUUGGUGGAAUAUAUUCCAGAGCCACCACCGAUACCUGAUCCUUUAACUAUCAGUGAUGUUACAGAAGUAGUUCAGUCCGUGGCUGCUAACGGUGAACCAACGUUUGCCAGUCUUGGUCUUGGAGGAUGGGGCCCAGUAGGAAUUGUUCAAAAUUGCUUAGAAUACCUACACAUCUCACUCGAUGUUCCUUGGUGGGGUGCUAUCAUGAUUGGAACUAUAGUUGUAAGAGUUAUCAUGUUCCCUCUCGUAAUUCUAGCACAAAGAAAUACUGCAGUUAUGAAUAACAAUUUACCAGAAAUCCAAUUACUUCAAAUGAAAAUGACAGAGGCUAGGCAAACAGGAAAUCAGUUAGAAGCAGCUCGUUAUGGACAAGAAAUGAUGAUUUUCAUGAAAGAAAAAGGUUUAAAUCCCUUAAAAAAUCUCCUAGUUCCUCUGGCUCAAGCUCCACUCUUUAUUUCAUUUUUCAUGGGAUUAAGAGGUAUGGCAAAUUGUCCAGUCGAAAGUAUGAUGCAUGGUGGAUUAUGGUGGUUUACAGAUCUUACUGUACCUGAUCAAUUCUUUAUUUUACCUAUAAUAACAAGUGUGACAAUGUGGGCCACCAUUGAAGUUGGUGUAGAUGGUGGACGUCUUGAUUCCCAAAAUAUGCACAUGAUGAGGUAUUUCCUUAGAGCAAUUCCAAUAGUUAUGAUACCUUUUACAAUAAACUUUCCUGGGGCAAUUUUAGUAUAUUGGUGCUCGACAAAUUUCAUUUCUCUAUGUCAAGUAUCUUUCUUGAAGAUACCAGCAAUAAGAGAUUAUUUCAAAAUACCAAAACUUAUCAAACACAAUCCCGAGAAUUUGCCAAUUAAGAAAAAGGGAUUUGUAGCGGGAGCUAAGGACUCAUGGACAAACAUGAAACUAUCGAGGGACCUUGCUGACAGACAGAGAAUCGAUGAAAUGAUAUUUACAAGAGCUGGUAAAGGGCCUUUGCAAAAAACUUAUAAAUACGAUCCAACGAAAAUCGAAGCCAAACAAAAAUAAUUGUUAGACUUAUUGUAACUUUAGUUUGUAGUUAUGUAAUAAAUCUUGUUUUAAUUA